UCGUUCGUCUGCUUCUCGCAUCUCAGAGAAAUAAAUUGUUUUCGUGGAGAAGUAGUUGUUAUUAAAUUGUUGGGGAUUUAGUGUAUUAUCUGGUGGUUUCUGCUUAUGCGCAAUAGGCAGUCACAGCGUAUGUACCCUUUUAAAUAUUGUGGUACUUAUUUUUUCCCACGUUUGUACAAUUUGAAAGAAUCGAGCUUUUUUCUGCCGUGGUUGCAACCGUCUGACCCACAAUUCUUUGAGUGGCAGAUCCAGAACAUAUUAACAGUAAUUGACAUUAGUCGCGUGAAAAAUUUGAAUGAAACAUUGAAAGAUAUUCAAAGUGUCGUCAUGAUGGCAGAGACUGGAUCGUCAUCAGGAACCAUUCGUUUCCACUACCUCUACAGCUGUGAUCUAGAUAUCAAUAUUCAGAUAAAAAUAGGCUCUUUGGAAGGUAAACUUGAGAGGCCAACAUACGAAGAUUUGCUGAAUGAUCCUUUAUUAAAGCAUAGUGGCAUUUAUCAAGACACGUGCCCAGAGCUGUGCAUUAAAAGUCAAAUUUGGUCAGACAACGAACCCAAUACAUUGGCCAUUACCACAUCAUAUAAAUCCUUUACAACGAGAUGGAAUUGGAAUGAGUGGAUUAGUCUGCCUAUAAAGUACUGUGACCUGCCGAGGAAUUCUCAACUUUGCUUGACUAUUUAUGAAUGUUGCGGUCCGGGGAAAUAUAUCCCCGUAGGUGGAACUACACUGCCUUUAUUCGGAAAACUUGGCGUUUACAAACAAGGACUUCAUGAUUUGAGAAUAUGGCGCAAUCAAGUUGCAGAUGGCAACCUACCCAGCAAAACUCCAGCAAAAGUAAAGGAUUCUGGCAAUGAAGUGAUGGAAAGUUUAUCAAAGUUGACCAAGCGCCAUCACACGGGGCGAAUACCACAGUCUGAUUGGUUGGAUCGAUUAACUUUCCGGGAAAUUGAACUGAUAAACGAACGUGAAAAGCGUACGUCCAACUACCUGUAUCUCAUGGUGGAAUUUCCUCGACUCGAGUAUCACGGUGUUGAGUACACUGUCGUCUAUUACGAGAAAGGAGGGGAUGAUAUGGUCACGAAACUGACCCAGUCUGAGUAUUCCGUGCUCAAUGACGAUGAGAUUCUUCUUGAAAAUCUGGUAGAGGGAAAGCAUCAUAAAUUAGCUCGAUCCGUCCGCAGUGGUUUGACUGACCGCGAUUUGAAACCCGAUGCGGGAACACGCGAUCAAUUACAUGCCAUCGUCGAAUCGCCACCGACCAAAACGCUCGCUUCAGAGGAGCAGGAUCUCGUGUGGCGUUUCCGGUUCUACCUGUCGAACCAAAAAAAGGCAUUGACCAAGUUUCUAAAGUGUGUUACGUGGACGUCAACGUCUGAAGUUCGCCAAGCCGUCGAUUUAAUGAAUCGUUGGGCACCAAUUGACCCGGAAGACGCUCUUGAAUUGCUGGGCCCUAAUUUCACUUAUCCAACAGUACGAAAGUACGCUGUCUCGAGGCUGUCGCACGCCCCCGAUGAGGAUUUGCAGUUGUAUCUACUUCAGUUGGUUCAAGCGCUCAAGUAUGAGGAUUUCGACGAGAUUUGUGCUGGUCUAGAUCCCCGUUCACUGAUGCUGUCUGUCCGUAGUUUCAAUUCGGCUGAUAGUUUCCCUUCACCGGAAAAGGCCGGCCACGAUCUCUCUAUUGACGAAAGAUUUAACACUGAAAUGGAGAGCCCAGUACUUGAACAAUCUCCUCUGAUUCCCGUUGAGACUUCUCAGCCCACUCCGAUGCGAUUCAUUAAUUCCGAAUCGGGCGAGUAUUCAGUUGAUUUGCCAACAUUUUUGAUCCAACGAGCCUGUGCCAACUCUGCCUUAGUCAACUAUUUUUAUUGGUAUCUAAUGAUUGAAUGCGAGGAUCCGGAACCGAACGUGAAGCAUGACGCUCGAGUCCGUGAAAUGUAUUUGGUGGUUAUGAAAAAAUUUUUGCAGGCCUUAGCCAAAGGUGGAAAAGAAUGGCGUCGUCGACGGGCCAUUUUAAAUCGGCAACAGCAGUUCCUUGACCGACUAGUGUCCCUUAUGAAAGCUGUGGCCAGAGAGAGCGGCAAUCGGAAAAAGAAAAUGGAACGACUACGAACUCUUUUGGCCGAUCGUGAUUUUUUCAAAGGAGGGACCUUUCUAGAGUUUGAACCACUGCCCUUCCUACUAGACCCGGACCUUUUGAUCAAAGGCAUCGUAGCGGAAAAGGCGACGUUAUUCAAAUCGCAAUUGAUGCCGGCCUGUCUGACAUUUUCGACGGUCAGCGGCCAAGAGUAUGUAGCCAUUUUCAAACACGGUGACGACUUGCGUCAAGAUCAGCUCAUACUGCAAAUGAUCUCAUUGAUGGAUCGACUCCUCCGGCGUGAGAAUCUUGAUCUCAAAUUGACACCUUAUCGCGUCCUGGCCACCUCUUCCAGACACGGAUUUGUCCAGUACGUUGACAGCGUAUCGGUGCGAGAAGUCAGCGACACGGAAGGCAGCAUCUUGAACUUUUUCCGCAAGUACCACCCAUCUGACAGCGGACCUUACGGCAUAGCGGCUGACGUCAUGGAUAAUUACAUUCGAAGUUGUGCGGGCUAUUGCGUCAUCACGUACUUAUUGGGCGUCGGCGAUCGCCAUCUCGAUAAUUUAAUGCUGACCAAAUCGGGCAAGCUCUUCCACAUCGAUUUCGGCUACAUUCUUGGACGCGACCCGAAACCGUUGCCGCCACCCAUGAAACUCAGCAAAGAAAUGGUUGAAGCCAUGGGCGGUGUUCAUUCCGAGCACUACACGCAGUUCAGGAAACUUUGCUACACAACGUUCCUCCAUCUGAGAAGACACGCCAAUUUGAUAUUGAAUCUUUUCGCGCUGAUGGUGGAUGCCAGCGUGCCUGAUAUUGCAUUGGAACCAGACAAGACGGUGCGUAAAGUCCAAGACAAAUUCCGGCUGGAUUUGAAUGAUGAAGAGGCGUUACGUUACAUGCAAAACCUAAUUGACGUCUCGGCUGCCGCUGUCAUGGCCGCUCUAGUCGAACAGCUGCACAAGAUCGCGCAGUACUGGCGCAAGUGAUACGCCUCUAUACACAACACACGAUUUUCUUUUGUUUGUUUCUUUCUCAUGUUCCCCCUUUCCCUUUUUUUUUUUUAUGUAUUGAGAGAAAUGAGGGGGAAUUUCCUUUUCUUUAUUAUUAUUUCUUUUGGGUUUUUUUUUUGGGCGGGGGGGGGGAUUAUCUUUGUUUACAAAAUAAAACAGAGAUGGCGUUGUCGGCAUUUUCGUCAUGAAAAAAGAAAAUAAUAAUAUUAUACGACCCUUUCCCUUGAAAGAAAAAGAAUAUACUACACAAGCUUCGUG